UGCACUUCUUCCCAAAUCUCACUUCGUUCUCUCCAUCCUAUCCAUCCUCCCUCUCUCUCCCCCUCUCUCCCUCUCUCUUUCAUUUCAAUUGCACAACGAUGGCCGCACGAGCAGCGUCCGCACGCACAUCGGAGGACUCGUCGCGCAGCCGCGACUUUCUGGCGUCUGGCUCCUCGCAGCCGAGCGUACGUCCGUCCAUUGACAGCGGCAGCACCAGCACCAGCACCAGCAGCGGCGGCGCCGGUGGUCGUGGCUCUGUUGCAGAGCCUGCCAUGUCCGAAAGCGACCUGCGCCUGGAACGUCGCAGCAAGCGCGGCCUCCUGAAAAUGUACUACGGUGUUGAAGAAGGCGGCGAUGCCAGCGGAGGAGCGAAUGCUGCAGCUGCCCCAGACACCCGCUCAGCGCCCGCCGCCGGCAGCAGCAGCAGCAGCACAGGCAACGGCAGCGCAUCCGGUGCUGUGCGAUCGGGCGCCGGAGCUGGAGCUGGAGCUGGAGCUGCUGCUUCUGCUUCUGCAAGUGCCGAGCCCCAGCGACCGCCGCGCCGCACAGCCCGUCCCGACCGCCCCGACCCUGCUGCCAAUGGUGCUGGUGCUGUUGGUGCUGGUGCUGGUGCUGGUGCUGGUGCUGUGCCUCCGCCGCUGUCGUCUGCGCUGCAUCCGCGCGAACCGCUCAACAUUGACGGCGACUCGUUCGAUCCAAAGGAGUACUUUCACAAGAUUCUGCAGGAGCAGUCGCUGCCGCAGCUCAUGAACCGCGACACGGCCAUGAUCAAAGAACUCCAAACACUCGAUACCGACAUGCAGACACUCGUGUACGAGAAUUACAACAAGUUUAUCAGCGCGACCGACACAAUCCGCGAAAUGAAGUCCAAGGUGGAGUCGAUGGAGGACGAAAUGGCCAAGCUCGCUCAGAAUAUGAGCAGCAUCACAACGGCCAGCGCGGAAAUCCACGGCUCGCUCGGCAAGAAGCACGAGCAAAUCGCCAAGCUCACCAACGUGCACUUGCUCCUGAAAAAGCUGCAAUUCCUGUUUGAGCUGCCCGCGCGCCUGAAAAAGUGCAUGGAAUUGAAUGCCUACGGCCCAGCAGUGCAGUACUAUGUGAAGGCGUCCGGUGUGCUUGAGCAGUACAAGGAAAUGCCUUCCUUCCGCGGCAUCCACGCCGAUUGCCAAGCCAUCAUGACGAACGUGGCCACCAAGCUCCACCAGCGCCUCAACGACAAGCACACCACCCCUUCCUUGGCCAUCGAGACGAUCGAGCUGCUGCUCGACCUCGGCGAGCCCACGGGGGAUCUUUGCGAUCUGUACAUUGCCAAAUCGCGCGAGGCUUUGAACGCCGACCUCGCGCGUAUCGCAAGCCACGUGCCCCCACCGCCCCCAGCAGCAGCAGCCCCGGUGCAACCUUCACAACAGAAAGGGGCAUCCACCACCGCCACCGCUGCCGCCGCCACCGCCGCACCAGUCGCGUCGCCUCCCCCUCCGUCCACCAGCGCAUUGCCCAUCCCCAGCCCGUCGUGGUCGGCAGAAUUCGAAAGCGCGACGUUUGUGGAAACCCUGGUCGUGCCAUUUGUUCGCACCCUCUCUGAAGCCAUUGCCAACUUUCGCACGCUCUUUCUCUCGUCAGACCAAAACCGCCGGCGAAAGGCCAUCCCGCAGGAACGCGAGGUGCUUCAUCGCAAGCUGAACGAGCACUCCACGGAUAUCUUCCGCCAAUUCAUCGAGCUGGUCGAGCGUCGCUUGGGCUUUGAGGUCACCGCGUCGAACGGUGUCCUUCUUGUGCAGGCGCUGGACAAGAUUUUUGCCGAGCUGAUGCGUCUGGAGCGCUCCUUCUCGGAGCUGCAUCCGCGCAAGAUUGCGGCUGCCAUUGUUCGCAAGACCAUCAGCGCACGCGUGGCACACUGCAACCGCACGCUCCAGGGCUUCCUCUCGUCCUCGCUCGCCUCGCUGGCCACGGCCGUCGCGGAUGCGGCUGGGCGCAAGGCUGCUGCUGCCGCCGCGGCAGUCGCUGCACCCACCCUUGCUGCCCCGACACCAACGGCAGUCUCCGAGAGCACCAGCGCCAACAGCGUGCCUGACGCUGUCUCGUCGAACACUGCAUCCUCUGCUCCUUCUCCGACACCGGCCUCCCCAACGCCUGCCAUCUUGACUGCGGCGCACUUGGAACUGCGCAACGGCCUGCUGGAGCGCCUCAAGCUGACCAUGAUUGAGCUCCAGGCAUACACUGUGUCUGACUUUGCCGCGACACUCGAAAACUUCCGCAGCGAGUUUGAGACCAAGUCCGUGCGCUGGGAAAUCAUCUUCAACUUUUUCGACUCGCUCUGCGUCACGAUUGCUGACAUUGUCAAGCAGUUCUCCGCCACGGCUCAUCUCGGCAACGCUCCUGCGUCUGGCGCGCCUGGCACAGGCUCCUCGGUGCCCCAUCAAGCCAUUCUGGUGCUCUGCCGUCUGUGCAUUGACUUGGAGGCCAGUGGCGUGGGUACGGUCGUUCGCAUUGCCGACGAGCUCUUCCCCAUGAGCAGCGCCAACCAGAAGCGGACGAUUCUGCCGCUCGACGAGAUGCACAAGCAGCUCCGUACCAGCUCGCAGCAGCUCAUUGCGGCGUAUGUGGAAGCCCAGGGCCUGUUGCUCUCGCAGAUGAUUCGCAAGAGCGUUGAAACGCGUGACUGGCUGUCCACACCCGAGCCGCGCAACGUGCGCCCCGUGAUGAAGCGCGUCGUUGAAGAUUUGACGGCCCUGGAUAUCGAAGUGGGCCAGCUGUUUGAAGAGGAGCGUGCGCGCAGCUCAGAGUCGAGCCGCAAGGCUCACAGCACCACUGGCCGCUCCAUGGUCAGUGGAAGCGCAGCGAGCGGCCCAGACCGGCGCUUUGUUUCCCCGACGUCGUUUGAAAACUCGCUCAUGAGCAACAUUCAAAAGCUCUUCUCUGAGCGGAUUGAGAUUUUCGGAGCCGUCGAUUUCACCAAGAAUUCGAUUGUCACUGGCAUUUUCAAAAUUACCCUCAAGACUUUCUUUGAGAGCGCCCGUUUGCGCACCUUUAACAAGUUCGGGUUGCAGCAAAUUCAGGUCGAUACUCAUUAUCUUCGGCUGAACCUGUGGCAUCUGAUCACUGACGAAAAUUUGUUGAAUUCUCUGCUUGAUGAAGUGGUGACCAGUACUAGCACACGAUGCGUGGAGGUCGUUUUGAUGGAGCACAGUGUUCUCGAUCUCAUCUGCAGGCGAUCUUAAUCCACGUUCGCUGGUUUUCUUUUCAUGAAAAUCAACAGCUUUCCCUCUUUGUGUGUAUUCUCUUGGUUUUUUUGUAAACAGUACACGAUUUAAUCUUGCUUGAC